UGACCAAUGAAGUACAUCAAUUUCUCUGUUAGCGAUCACGCAUAAACGGAUGGAAGUCACAUGGGCGUUGAAGAAUGAAGGAAAGUGACCGAGUAUAUGCUGACACAUACGUAUCUUGCAUCACGAAUGUUAUCAGAAAAUGAGGCUAAUUACCAAUACAGUCAGAACAGUAGGGAUUUCGCAUAAUGUCAAAAGCUUUCAGAGGUCAAGGUCUCAGUACUUCUUCCACACUAAGUGCUCAGCACAAAAGUAACUUAGCAAGAGCGCGGUACACGAACCAGGCGUUUUUCAUCUGCAGUUUCCUAUCGCUAGCAUACUCCUUAAGGGUUGUUGCUGAUACGUUAACAUACCACAUGUCCUAGAUGUGCUGAUGCCCGUAGUUCAGGCCACUUUAUCUUUUAUCGUUGAAUUACGAGAGUUUCAUAAUGUUGAUCUUUAUCACCGUGGCUAUUACCAGAUUCGCACUUACAUAAAAACAAAUGGACAGUCAGUUACAACUACGGGAUCUGCUAAUGCCAAAGCAACAGCGUUUGCUGAACCCCCAUUUGUUUGGGAAAGAUCUAGUACACGAUUUAAAAUACCAGAGGCUAAAACGGCCAGUUACAUUGGGCCAAGUGUUUCUGAUCCAGCUUUUGUUCCAGAAAAAGCUUGUAGCAAGACGUUAUUGAUUAUGUAUCGUGAGGAAUCUGCAAAGCUAUGCGAUGUGUUUGAACAGAGGAUACUGAUCCAAGUUGACCCCAUAAAUCUAGAGGAUUCUUUAAUGAAGAAUGAUCUCUUUCUCUGUGUUGAGUUAUGGUUUGCAGAGGACCCACUUGACAGGCAAUUUAUUGUGGAGAUGUUAACAAAAGUGAGUGAACGUCAACUGCGCAUCCAUCUAACUCCUUCACGUGGACUGAAUUAUCAUUUCACUGUUUUCUUCGACUAUUUUCAUUUAUGCGCUGUUGAAUUAGCACUUUAUGGUGCAUUAACAAACAUUUCCCCUAAUAUCAUAAGUUGUCCAAAACUUGCACCUUAUAUUCAAAUGAACAAUCCAAUAGUGAAUUUAACUCAACAAACUUGGCAUAGUAUUCUUUGCAGUAUUAAACAGGCUAGCAGACAUCAUUUCGCCCUUGCUAUACAUAGACAUCUUUGUCAAAUAUUACUGGCAGCAAGAGAAUCUAUGCUUUUGUUUUGGCGUGAAAGUAUUCCUUACUUACCUGCAAAUGUUAAACCACGAAUUGAAACUGUGGAUUUUCGAAGUAAAUUGGACUCACUUACUCAGAUAACCCAGGCUUUAGAAACAGAUGAUGACUUGGCAAAUCAGAUUUCACUCGAUAUUGCACGUCUUUCAUCUCAAAACACUACCUUGUUCAAACAACUUUGCAAAUCUGUCACCUUGCAAUCUAAGCUGGCCAACUUUCUACGCCGAAGAUUUCAUCAAAUUCGUAUGAAACGAUUUGCUGAAGCAUUUUUCUGUCAAGAAUUAUCACUUGCCAAUCUAUUAACUAUUUACGAUUCAAGUUUGGCUGGACAUGAAUCUCUCGCCUCUGAUGUGCGCCAGUCGCCUUAUUUCCAAAAGCUUCCAACUCUACCGGUUACAUGUCGUGAAUUGGAUGGUGAUAUGACUAAUUUACCAAUAAUUUUUGAAGAUAUUUUUCUACCACUCAGUGCUGGUGAGACGAAAUCGCAUACUCCCUUAUCUACGAAUUCAUAUCAUUCUAAUACCAGUGUACUGAAUAAAAUACCAGAAAAUUCCGCGCAUAAGUCAUCGUUAAUCGGCGAUUCAUCUACUUCACAGAAAAAUCGCUAUGAUGACAAUGAGUCUGGUAUUUAUAUGGAAGAUGAAAUGAUCUCAUCACAAACCUCGAAACACCAAUCGAUCAAUUUAUCUCGACGUGAUACUAUCCCUUGUGAAGACAAAAAAACAAAACGACCAGUUUUAGGCAAUUAUUUGUACCCUUCAACAGUACCGAAUCUGUUAGCUUAUCAAACAAAUGCCAUUUCUCAUUCAAGUCCCAACCUCGUAUCAUUACCAGUACGACAUACACCAGUAUCAAGUAAAUCAGUGUUCAAGCCACCACUAACCACAGUGACUACACCGACAACAAAUCAUUUCAACAAUUGUCAAUCUAGGCGUAAAUUCUAUCCACCUGGUAAUCACAGUCGGAAAUUCCACUAUUUUGAUAAAUCGCAUGGAUCCUCUGCUCUACAACAUUUCAACGAUGAUAAUUCAAAAAUUAAAUUAGUUGGAUAUCGUUCCAUUCGACCUUUGGAUAAUCAUAUCGAUCGUGAUUCUGGUUUUCUCGAUAGUAGACCUAGAUUAACUGAAUCCUCUUUGAAUCUCCAACUAGAUGCAAAUCAUUCUGCUAGUUCAAUGGCAGCUACUGUUCGUCGACCUGUUCUCGCUAUACGGGAUAUUCGUUCGCGCUCCCUGUACAAUUUGUCAGCUAACUCACCUAGAAUAAAACCUUUACAUUCGGAAGUCGGUGCGACUUCAAGCAAGAAUACAUUGAAAUCAGCUUCGUUAUCUCUCCUAAACAUUUCAAGCGAAUCCACAGAUAUGUCAUCAAUUAGGUGUUCAGUAAACAAAGAUCGUCCAACGUCUAAAUGGAAUACUUUCACUCCAUGUACAAAUAACAGCUCAAAGACUUCAAUUCUCACUAGUGCUAAGUCAAACACUAUAUAUAUGGAAUCAUUCCCUCGUCAAUUGCACGAAGUUGUAGCCUUAGGAACAUUGAAAAUAGCUCCUUUACAACCGCCCGGUGGGUGUGUACCACCAGCCCACCUCACUAAAGAAGCAGAUUCCCUACUACCAUCCGACCAUUUUUACAAAUCUCGUCUUGGUGGAAGUUUUGUUUCUUUACCAAGCAUUCCUCUUUCUUGCACUGUUCCACGUGUUGUUUCGGAAGGUUGUCUUACGAAAAUUUCUUCAGUGGACCAAUUCUCUUGGAGUAAAUCUCGAAGACGUGUAAAAGUUCUUAAUCUGAGAAGGAGUCAUGUAUCUAGUGGCAGGAAAUCACAAAGCAAUCAGUUAAAAACCUACACUGCAGAUCUAGCAUAUUUAGGCAGCUGUUCAGAUUUACAAAUCGCUGCUUUAGAAGAUGAACUCAAAUCAUCAAAUUGUGUGCGACUGAGGAAUCAUUCAUUGAAUGCUGUUCUCCAUCCGUCACUGACAACCUCACUAAUGCAAGAGAGAAAACGACUUACAAAGUCGAGCACAUUGUUAUCAAAUAAAGAAGAGUCAAAUAUAGAUAUGCAUUCCAUCUCAUCGUCAUUAUCAACAAUCGAUAUAUUUGGCUGUACACAACAGAAUAAUGCCAAUCGUUAUCUGUUGUCUCAUUGUUGGCCUACUAGUGGAACUAACCAUCAGUGUAACAGUGUACGAAAUCACAAGAAACAAAACAGGAAAUCAAAAGUAUCUGAAGAUUCCCAAAUAAGUAUGACUUGUAGUUGUGAUGAUAAGAGGUAUAUGACCACUCCAGUUACUUCUACUUCCUUUCCUUCUACUAAUAUCACCACUAGUUUUAACGGUAAAUAUCAGUGGCCGAAAUCCCUAACUAUUGGUGGUAGUUAUCCAUAUGGAUCGACUUCAGAAAAUGGUACAAUAUCAUAUGAUUGUUUGUGUGUUGAUAAUUCUAGUAAUGAUAAAAAGUCAAAACAUUUGAACGGGACUCAAGGCAGUAAUGUUGUUGAUACUUGUUCCAAUAAACGGUCAAGUAAUAGUUCUGAUUGUUCACACUCAUCGUCUGUACAUUUGGAAGGUGAUGAGGAAAUAGAUAGUGCUUCUCGUGCCAAUAAUCAAAUACCCUUGCCUACAGAUUCUGUACACGAUAAGAGAUUGAAGGAAUGUGGUUAUCAGAUCCCGGAUAUUUUAAGCAGCGAUGAAGAUAUAGCCAGAAAGAAUUCACCAAAGCUGAGUAUUUUGGAAAUGUUGAACAAUGAAGCAGAACGUAAUGGUGCAAAGACGUCAGCUACAAAUUGUAGUGGUCCUAAUAAUGUGUUAAAUCAAUCCUUAAUUUGUCAGAAGUCACCGAAAAAGAAUAAUAGUUGCCCAGUCCAUCAAUCUGUACUACCAUACAAAGAAAAUAAUGGUUACAAAAACACACUGAAUGGCGGUGUUGGUGGUGGUAAUCAUCUAGAGACUGAUAAAUAUCAGUCUCUGUUAGAUAUUUUAUCACCUGGUGUAAUGGAAUUUCUACGUCUUAAAGAACAAGUCAAACGAGAGAUUGCUCCACACUUCCAGGGUCAUGUUUAUAGUGAUUUCGCUACACUGGCAGCUCCCUAUGCUUAUUUCUCAGACGCUCCGAUAUUUAACGAAGAUGUCCACCUUAUUAUUUGUGUUCAUGGACUAGACGGUAACUCCUGUGAUCUGCGUCUUGUCCGUGUUUAUCUUCAAUUGGCCCUACCAGACUGUCGUUUACAAUUUCUUAUGUCUGAAUGUAAUCAGCAGGAUACAUUUGGUGGUUUCGAGAUAAUGAGUGAAAAGUUAGUCAACGAAAUUGUAAAUUAUAUUGAGGAUAUGGAAGAAGAACCAAAGAGAAUCAGUUUUAUUGGACACAGUAUGGGUUGUGUAAUAAUUCGUGCAGCACUGUUAGAUCAUCGUAUGAAACGCUAUUUGUCCAAAUUGCAUACAUUCCUUUCUCUUAGUGGUCCACAUUUAGGCACUGUAUACAACUCUUCCGGUCUCAUUAAUAUGGGUAUUUGGGUGAUGCAAAAGAUUAAAAAAUCUGAAAGUCUUUCCCAGUUAAGACUACGAGAUGAUCCUGAUCUGCGCAAUACUUAUUUAUAUCGUCUAAGUUCUAGUCCUGGUUUAGAUUUAUUUCGUUAUGUACUUUUGGUUGGUAGUCCACAGGAUCGUUAUGUACCAUAUCAUUCAACGCGAAUUGAAUUAUGCAAAGCAGCAAUCCGAGAUUCUUCUACACUCGGCUUUAUCUAUAUGGAAAUGGUUACAAAUUUACUACAACGUCUUAUCAAGUCUACACGUACCACUGUUGUUCGAUAUGAUGUACAUUAUAGUUUGACGAAUUCAGCGAACACACUAAUUGGUCGUGCAGCGCAUAUUGCUGUAUUAGAUUCUGAAAUAUUUUUAGAAAAAUUUAUUUGUGUUUCAGGAGCAAAAUAUUUCCGGUGAUAAAUGAUUUGCUUAAUUAUCUCAUGUAUCAUGUAUACAUUUAUGGUAUUAUUACAUCUGUGAGAGUAUCCUAGUUUUCUAUGAUGACUGGUACACCAAUGUUGCAUGAUUGAUCUAUCCUGCUACCGAUUAAAUAGUUCAUUAAUGGGGUUAUAAAUCAUGUCUCCUCUUAGCAUCUGUACAAAACAUCAGAUGAAUCAAAGGAAGAUAAGUGGAGUGUUUUCGGAAUGGUUACAGUCUGAAAACACUUUCGAUUGCAUUUAUCUGCUGCUUGCUGUACAACGAUUCAACGCAUUCACGAUAACAUUUGACGUACUUUUGUUGUUUACUGCUGCUACACUACACUACACUUGAUACAAAACAACAUAUCACCACCAACUAGUCACAUUUGGUUAGCUUUCCUUUAUACUUUUCUCUUCUUUUGAAAUAUUCCAGUUUUAUAAUGCGAGAUACACUAUCAAUAUUACUUACUGAAUCCUUUUUUUUAAACAUUUUAUAUACAUAUGAAUUUGAUAACUUUGUUAGUAAAUGCAUCAGUACGUAUCUCAUGUACUACUGAUAUUCAUGCAGAGUCAGUAGUAUGUUACUUUUUGUUGCAGACUUCAUUGAUGUGAUUGUUGUUGUUGUUGUUGUCAGCUUCCCUUUGGUUAUUAAACUGCUUUUCUAGUAUCUACUUCUUUUUCUACGACACACGCAUGUACACAACCAAACAUGCAUAUUAUUACACAUGCACGUACGUAUACGUCGUAUGGAUUAUAAGAGUGAACAUAACAUUAAGCAGCAUAUUUUUAUGUGUUUAUUUCUCUGUGUGUGUGUGUGUGUACGAAAAAUACAACGCACAAAAUUCAUUUAUCUCUACUAUAUUCUAAUACUCUUUUGUUGCUUUCUGUUGAUUACCUUCGCUUUUGUAUUUCUUUUUUCUAUUAUUUCAUCCUCAUUUUCGUCUUUCCUUUUUCACCUCACAUGUUGUCUUCGUGAUGUUGACGAAGCAAGAUGUGUGUGUGUGUAUGGCAACAAUAAUGACGAUGUGGAGAAGAAAAAAGCCAUCACUGAAAGGUCACACCUUCUUUGAAUGCAUUCUGCAUUAUAUAUUGUGUGACAAACUUUUUCUUGUGGUCGUCCACCUUUUUCCACAACUAAUUUCAUGUAAUGAAAUUUUUACAUUGAAAAAAAAUGCAAAUAAGCAUAUUCAAUAAUUUCUGAUAAUUAGUUUGUUUUACUUUAUUUCACUAAUGGUGAAUAUAUGUCUGGGUGUUUACGUGGUACUUUAAAAGUU